AUGGAGACCACGACGCCUCUCUCGGAAUCAUUCAGUAUUUGCAGAGCGCGCUUUUCAAAGCCGUCUCCGCCGCCGGUCGUCCGCCGUAAAUCGCCGAUCGACGCCUCCACCAAGCUCGACACCGUCAAUUCUUGCCUUCUCGGCCUCGAGGCGAAGUUGGAUUCCAGCCCCACCUACCCGCAGGCCAUAGCCGUAAAGGUCACCUCCGCCGGAAUUUCGAAUAAGAAUACUGUGCCUUACAUCUGGAAUUUUAGGAGUGCCACGAGCAAAAAAACAAGAAAAUAA